AAGGAGGGUACGUUCAAGCCAAACGCUGGGAACUAUGAGUGCAUGCCGUGUCCUCUGUACAGCCACGCACUCGUUUCCGGGGCAACACGAUGCACAUGCGACCGCGGGUACUACCGAUCGCCGCGGGACAAACCAACAGACCCAUGCACAGCUCCACCGUCCAAACCCAGGAACAUCAUCUCCAACAUCAACAUGACGACGGUGGAACUGCAGUGGGAGACCCCGGUGGACAAUGGCGGCCGGCAUGACCUUCACUACAAGAUCGUCUGCUGGCGGUGUCACGACAUCACGUGUGUCGGCUGUCGCAGGGACGUCCAGUAUCGACCGGCUAAGGUGGGACUAAACAACACCAUGGUUACCAUCGAAGGCCUGAUGGCGUACACCAAGUAUCGUUUCGAGGUCCAUGCAGAAAACGGGGUGUCCGGCACCAGCAACGUGAAAGAUCGCUUUGAGUCCAUCACACUGAAGACCAACGUUGCUCCUCCCUCCCAGAUCCAGAGCAUAAUCCAAGCUGCAUCCACAGAGACUGCCAUGACUAUAGAGUGGUCCGUACCGAGCCAGCCGAACGGGAAAAUCCUGGAGUACCGGAUCCAGUUCUACCGAGCGCGAGACGGGCCGGGGAUGAUGGCGAUUAUAAAGGUGGAUGGAGACGUGCAGUCAGCGACUGUGGAGAACUUGGAGAACAAUGAAGAGUACGUCUUCCAGGUGCAAGCCAGAACCAUAGCUGGGUAUGGGAAAGCCAGUCAGCCUAUUACACUGAAGACCUCUGUCAAUGGAGCCCAAGCCCCCCUAGGUAGUGACCAGCCUGUCCUGAUCGCCGCCAUUGCAGCAGCCGGAGGUUUUGUGUUGGUGCUGUCUCUCUUCAUACUGGUCUGUGUGGUCUGGAGAAGGAAAAACAGGAAGCCACCAAGUGACAUGGAUAAAUUGGAGUAUGCCAAUGGAGAAGUUCGCCUGCCAGGUUUUGUGGCGCCGCGUGUGAAGACCUACAUUGACCCUCACACCUACGAGGACCCACAACACGCCGUGAGGGAGUUCGCACGGGAACUGGAGCCAUCCGCUCUAACUAUCGAACAAGUCAUCGGUGGAGGUGAGUUUGGAGACGUGUGUAAAGGUCGUCUGAAGGUCGGGAAGGGACAGUACCUGGACGUGGCCAUCAAGACGCUGAAACCCGGCUCCACGGAUAAGAUGAAGGACGACUUCCUGACUGAAGCCUCCAUCAUGGGACAGUUCAACGACCCCAACAUCAUCAAACUACAGGGGGUCAUCACUAAAAGUCAACCAGUGAUGAUUGUCACAGACUUUAUGGAAAAUGGCUCCCUGGACACUUUCCUAAGGAAACACGACGGGAAGUUCCAGGUUACCCAGCUGGUGGGGAUGAUCAGGGGUGUGGCUUCAGGCAUGAGGUACCUGGCAGAGAUGAACUACGUACACAGGGACCUGGCAGCCAGAAACGUCCUGAUUAACUCCCAGCUGAUCUGUAAGGUGUCAGACUUCGGCCUGUCCAGAGUGCUGGGAGACGACCCAGACGCAGCCUACACCACAAAUGGAGGAAAGAUCCCCAUCAGAUGGACAGCUCCGGAGGCGAUCGCCUUCAGGAAGUUCACAUCAGCCAGCGACGUGUGGAGCUAUGGGGUCUUGGUAUGGGAAGUGAUGUCAUACGGGGAGCGGCCAUAUUGGAACUGGUCCAACCAAGACGUGAUCAAGUCAGUAGAGGCUGGCUACAGACUCCCCCCACCUAUGGACUGCCCUCAGGCAAUCUACCAGCUGAUGACGGACUGCUGGGAGCGGGAGAGAAACGCUCGGCCGAAGUUCACCCUCAUCGUGGAGAGAGUUGACAGGAUGAUCAGGAACCCGGCUGUACUCAAGGUGCUGGCUCAGCCCAGGUCAGAAAUACCGAUGCAGCCUGCACUCCAGCCAGUGUUACCCACGGUUCCCCAGUGGCUGGACAGUAUGAAGAUGGGCAGAUAUCGGGACAACUUCUCCAGCGGCGGCUACUCCUCCAUGGACCUGGUCAUGAAGAUGAACAUCAGGGACCUACAAGGGAUCGGUGUGACCAUGCUGGCCCACCAGAAGAAGAUCCUUAACUCCAUCCAGAACCUCCACACCCACCACUUUUCGUGGCUGCUUUUCAUUGUGAUCAUGAGGGACUUCAGGGGCACCCCCCACUUGCAGCGGCCAACCACAUUACAGAGAAGUCCCCACCCGCAGAACAGGACACCGAACCACGGGUACAGAACUAUUCUCAAUGUAUGA